UCGCUGCAGCCGUCAGCGGGCCGUCCGAGCUAGCCAUCAAUAUAGCGAUAUUUUCUUGUUUAUGCAAUAUCUGCUGCACGUGCGCGCGGGUGCAAGGUACGGUGGCGCGCAGACGCUCCGCGCGUCCCUCCCACCAACCACAGCCACCAACAACCGGAAGCGCCUGUGUCGGUGAGAGAGCUACAUGGCGAGACGAGCGACGGCUGCGGGGACGUUUUCGGCGAAGAUAAUUACCGUUCGCGCAGGGACAGGAAUAACCGCCGGGCUUUCAUUCUGACUCAUUUUCUGUAUGGAAGACCGAGCACAGCGGUGGGAACCGAAGGUGAGACGAGCUAACCGGGAUUGACCGUCACUCAGGCUCGAGCAGGCGGAGGCUUGGCCAUGCCCCCGGUGUGACAGUAGGUUAGCUGGUCCGGCUGCAGGAGCAGGAUGUCAAUAUGGCUGCCCAGCUGCUCGUUCCUCCUGGACUUGACAGCUUCCGGCCUUUCAUUCCCGAAUCCCUCGCUGCCAUCGAGCAGCGCAUCACAGAGGAGGCGGCCCGCCGUCCCAAAGGAGAAAGGCGCAGUGAUGAAGACGACGAGAAUGGGCCCAAGCCCAAUAGCGACCUGGAGGCGGGGAAAUCCCUGCCCUUCAUCUACGGGGACAUCCCAUCGGACUUGGUGUCUGUCCCUUUGGAGGACCUGGACACUUACUACCACGACCAGAGAACCUUUAUAGUAUUGAACCGUGGUAAGGCUAUAUUCCGCUUCAACGCCACGCCUGCCCUCUACAUCCUCAGUCCCUUCAACCCUCUGAGGAGAGCCGCCAUUAAAGUGCUGGUGCAUUCGAUGUUCAGUUUCGUGAUCAUGUGCACCAUUUUGACCAACUGCGCCUUCAUGACGCUCAGCAACCCUCCAGAAUGGGCCAAGAAUGUGGAGUACACAUUCACAGGGAUCUACACGUUUGAGUCUGUGAUUAAGAUCCUGGCACGUGGAUUCUGUGUGGGGAAUUUCACGUUCCUGCGAGACCCCUGGAACUGGCUGGACUUCAGUGUCAUCGUCAUGGCAUAUGUAACUGAAUUUGUGGAUCUGGGCAAUGUCUCUGCACUGAGAACCUUCAGGGUUCUACGAGCACUCAAAACUAUUUCAGUCAUCCCAGGCCUGAAGACCAUCGUGGGCGCUCUCAUCCAGUCAGUGAAGAAACUGUCGGACGUGAUGAUCCUAACUGUCUUCUGCCUGAGUGUGUUUGCACUAAUUGGCCUGCAGCUGUUCAUGGGGAACCUGCGGCAGAAGUGUGUGAGGAUUCCGCAGUCCAACGGCACUGAGGGCCUUGCCGACAGCAACCUGACCGCAGUGUUCAACCUCAGCGCAGACAAAGCACUCAAUACCUUUAACUGGACUCAGUACAUUCUCGAUGAGAGUAAUUAUUAUUUCCUCCCCAACCGCCGAGAUGCUUUACUGUGUGGGAAUGCUAGCGAUGCAGGGCAGUGUCCAGAAGGUUUUCAGUGCAUAAAGGCUGGACGGAACCCUGACUAUGGCUACACAAGCUUUGACACGUUCAGCUGGGCCUUCCUCUCCCUCUUCCGCCUUAUGACACAGGACUUCUGGGAGAAUCUCUAUCAGCAGACUCUUCGUGCUGCUGGAAAGCCCUACAUGGUGUUCUUUGUGCUGGUGAUUUUCUUGGGCUCCUUCUACUUGGUCAAUCUAAUCCUGGCUGUGGUGGCAAUGGCUUACGAUGAGCAAAACCAGGCUACCAUUGAGGAGGCCCAACAGAAAGAGGAGGAGUUCCAGGCCAUGUUGGAGCAGCUAAAAAGACAGCAGGAGGAGGCACAGGUUGCCGCGGCAGCAGCGACAGAGAGCGGCGAGUACAGCGGGAGGGGCGGGUUGUCGGAGGAGAGUUCCUCUGGGGGGUCCAGACUCAGCUCCAAGAGCGCCAAGGAGCGGCGGAAUAGGCGUAAGAAAAGAAAACAAAGGGAGGAGGAGGAGGAGAAGGCAGACCAGGAGAAGUUCCACAAAUCUGAGUCGGAAGACAGCAUCAGGCGAUCGGGAUUUCGCUUCUCCAUAGACGCUAACAGACUCUCCUAUGAGAAGAAGUGCUCCACCCCAAACCAGUCUCUGCUCAGUAUCCGAGGUUCUCUGUUCUCUCCAAGGAGGAACAGUCGUGCCAGUUUGUUCAGUUUUCGCGGUCGAGCGCGAGACUUCGGCUCAGAGAAUGAUUUUGCAGAUGAUGAGCACAGUACAUUUGAGGACAGUGACAGUCGUCGAGGAUCGCUCUUUGUGCCACGCCGCAUCGAGAGGAGAAACUCGACUGUCAGUCAGUGCAGCCUCGCUGCCCCCCGAAUCAUACUCCCAGCCAAUGGGAAGAUGCACUGCACCGUGGACUGCAAUGGAGUGGUUUCUUUGGUGGGUGGGACGUCUGUGCCUACAUCACCGAUUGGCCGAUUGCUUCCUGAGGGCACAACUACAGAGUCUGAAGCCCGUAAGAAACGUUCAGGGUCACAUCAGGCUUCUGAUUACCUGGAUGAUGCUGUAGCAAGAAAAAGAGCUAUGAGUGUGGCCAGUAUUCUCACAAACACCAUGGAGGAGCUGGAGGAGUCCAGGCAGAAGUGUCCUCCAUGCUGGUACAAAUUUGCCAACACCUUCCUGAUCUGGGACUGCUGUCCACAUUGGCUGAAGGUGAAGCGGAUUGUGAGCUUGGUGGUGAUGGACCCGUUUGUAGACUUGGCUAUCACCAUCUGCAUCGUCCUCAACACGCUCUUCAUGGCCAUGGAACACUAUCCCAUGACCAAAGAGUUCAACAGUGUGCUCUCUGUUGGAAACCUGGUGUUCACAGGGAUCUUCACAGCCGAGAUGUGUCUGAAGGUCAUUGCCCUGGACCCUUACUACUACUUUCAGGAGGGCUGGAACAUAUUUGAUGGCAUCAUUGUGAGUUUAAGCUUGAUGGAGCUGGGCCUGGCCAAUGUGGAGGGUCUCUCUGUGCUCAGGUCAUUCAGAUUGCUGAGAGUGUUCAAACUCGCCAAGUCUUGGCCCACUCUAAACAUGCUGAUCAAGAUCAUCGGGAACUCGGUUGGCGCCCUGGGCAAUCUGACCCUCGUCCUGGCCAUCAUCGUCUUCAUCUUUGCUGUGGUAGGCAUGCAGCUGUUUGGGAAAAGCUAUCGUGAAUGUGUGUGUAAGAUCUCAGAGGACUGCGAGCUGCCGCGCUGGCACAUGGUGGACUUCUUCCACUCCUUCUUGAUUGUGUUCCGUGUGCUGUGUGGAGAAUGGAUUGAGACUAUGUGGGACUGCAUGGAGGUGGCCGGCCAGACCAUGUGCCUCAUCGUCUUCAUGCUGGUCAUGGUGAUUGGCAACCUGGUGGUGCUAAACCUCUUCCUGGCCCUGCUGCUGAGCUCUUUCAGUGCUGACAACCUGGCUGCCACAGACGACGACAGUGAGAUGAACAACCUGCAGAUCGCCGUAGGCCGCAUCCAGAAGGGCGUCGCCCUGGUCAAGUCAGCCCUUCAGCAGUUCUUCCAGAGUGUGUUCCUGGCCGGUGGCAAGCCGGGGGCCCUGGAUGAGGAGAAACCCUUGGACGACCUUCACAGCGAUGGCAAGGAGAACUGUCUGGCCAACCAUGCUCCAGUGGCUGUCGACCUAGGCAAGGACUUCCUCAAAGAGGGCUGUGUGUCCCCUGGAAACGGGGUCGAAGGUCAUGUGAAGUACAGCAUUGAGGAAGGGGACUACAUGUCGUUUAUCCACAACCCCAGUCUCACUGUCACCGUGCCCAUCGCGGUGGGAGAGUCGGACUUUGAAAAUCUGAAUACUGAAGAUUUCAGCAGCGAUUCAUCCGAUGUGGAGGGCAGCAAAGAGAAGCUUCCCGUGGACACGGUACUCAGUUCAUCUGAAGGGAGCACAGUGGACAUCCGACCCCCCGGAGAGGGGGCUGAAUCAGUAGAGCUAGAACCUGAAGAGUCACUGGACCCAGAGGACUGCUUCACUGAAGGCUGUGUGAUGAGGUUUCAGUGUUGUCAGGUGGACAUAGAGAAGGGAAGGUGGAGAAGCUGGUGGACUCUGAGGAAGACAUGCUUUGUCAUUGUCGAGCACAACUGGUUUGAGUCCUUCAUCAUCUUCAUGAUUCUCCUAAGCAGUGGAGCUCUGGCAUUUGAGGAUAUCUACAUAGAGCAGCGGAAAACAAUAAAAACAGUGCUGGAAUAUGCUGAUAAAGUUUUCACCUACGUCUUCAUCCUGGAGAUGUUGCUGAAAUGGGUGGCGUAUGGCUUCGUCAAAUACUUCACCAAUGCCUGGUGCUGGCUCGACUUCCUUAUUGUAGAUGUUUCUUUGGUCAGUCUGGUCGCCACUGCUCUAGGUUACUCUGAGUUGAGUGCCAUUAAAUCACUGAGGACCUUACGUGCCCUGAGACCACUAAGAGCAUUGUCACGCUUCGAGGGCAUGAGGGUUGUAGUGAACGCUUUGCUGGGUGCCAUUCCCUCCAUCAUGAAUGUGCUGCUAGUGUGUCUGAUCUUCUGGCUCAUCUUCAGCAUCAUGGGCGUCAACCUAUUUGCUGGCAAAUAUUAUCACUGCGUCAACAGCACCACAGACGAACUCUUCCCCAUUGAUACGGUCAACAACAAGUCUGAGUGCAUGGCCCUCAAUGGCAGCGCUCGCUGGAAAAAUGUCAAGAUCAACUUCGACAACGUGGGAGCCGGGUACCUGGCCCUACUGCAAGUGGCUACUUUUAAAGGUUGGAUGGACAUCAUGUAUGCAGCAGUAGACUCUCGAAACGUGGAAGAGCAGCCAGACUAUGAAGUGAACCUCUACAUGUAUCUGUAUUUCGUCAUCUUCAUCAUCUUUGGGUCCUUCUUCACACUGAACCUCUUCAUUGGUGUUAUCAUCGAUAACUUCAACCAGCAGAAGAAAAAGUUGGGAGGUCAGGAUAUCUUCAUGACAGAAGAACAGAAGAAAUACUACAAUGCCAUGAAGAAGCUAGGCUCAAAGAAACCCCAGAAGCCUAUCCCCAGACCUACAAACAAGUUCCAGGGCCUUAUCUUUGAUUUGAUCACCAAACAAGCCUUUGACAUCAUCAUUAUGAUCCUGAUCUGCCUGAACAUGGUGACAAUGAUGGUGGAGACAGAUGACCAGACAAAAGAUAUGGACAAUAUCCUGUAUUGGAUUAACCUGGUCUUCAUUGUGCUCUUCACUGGUGAAUGUGUGCUCAAGAUGGUUUCACUGCGACAUUACUUCUUCACCGUCGGCUGGAAUGUGUUCGACUUUGUGGUCGUGAUUCUGUCUAUUGUCGGUAUGUUCCUCUCUGACGUAAUAGAGAAGUACUUUGUCUCUCCUACCUUAUUCCGAGUCAUCCGACUGGCUCGGAUCGGCCGCAUCCUUCGUCUCAUCAAGGGGGCCAAGGGUAUCCGUACACUCUUGUUUGCCUUAAUGAUGUCCCUACCUGCCCUUUUCAACAUUGGACUCCUCCUCUUCCUUGUCAUGUUUAUCUAUGCCAUCUUUGGCAUGUCCAACUUUGCCUAUGUGAAGCACGAAGCUGGCAUCGAUGACAUGUUUAACUUUGAGACAUUCGGCAACUCCAUGCUGUGCCUCUUCCAGAUCACCACGUCAGCUGGCUGGGAUGGCCUGCUGGCGCCCAUCCUGAACAAACAUGAGCCUGACUGCAACAAUAAGACCGAGCACCCGGGCAACUCAUAUCGUGGUGACUGUGGCAACCCCUCAGUGGGCAUCUUCUUCUUUGUCAGCUACAUCAUCAUCUGCUUCUUGAUUGUGGUUAACAUGUACAUUGCCGUCAUCCUGGAGAACUUCAGUGUGGCUACAGAGGAGAGUGCCGAGCCACUGAGCGAGGACGACUUUGAGAUGUUCUACGAGGUGUGGGAGCACUUCGACCCCAAUGCCACACAGUUCGUGGAAUAUGACAAGCUCUCCGACUUUGCAGACUCCCUGGACCCGCCACUGCGCAUCCCCAAACCCAACAAGAUCCAACUGAUUGCCAUGGAUCUGCCCAUGGUGAGUGGGGACCGCAUCCACUGCCUGGACAUCCUGUUUGCUUUCACCCUGCGAGUCCUUGGAGAGGAGGGCGAGAUGGACGCACUGCGUGGUCAGAUGGAGGAGCGUUUCAUGGCCUCUAACCCCUCCAAGGUGUCCUAUGAGCCCAUCACCACCACGCUGCGCCGCAAGCAGGAGGAGAUGUCUGCCAUUGUCAUCCAGAGAGCCUUCCGGCGCUACCGAAUCCGGCUCACCGUGAAAAAGGCCUCAGACAUGUACCGGCAGAGGCUGCAGGAAGGCAGCGAGCAGCCACCCGAGAAGGAGGUGCUUGUGAUUGGCAAGUUCCAUGAGAACUCAGCAUCUGACAAGACAGACAUGACCCCGUCCUCAGCCUCACCGCCCUCCUACAACAGUGUGGCCAAGUCAGAGAAGGACAAAUAUGAAAAGGAGAGGCGCGAAAAAGAGGACAAUGUGAGAGACAAUGCACGUGAGGGGAAGAAAUGAAAGGCAUUUGAAAGGUUCGCACACAAGCGAAGGGAAAGACCAAAAUGGGAGACUUUGCUGUUUCAAUGAGACACUGUUUACAGAUCCAAUGAAGAAAUGGGGUGUGGACUUCCUUGCAAGGUUUUGGGACCCAUGCCAAACAGAGCAUGUGUGUGUGUGAUGGAUGUGUGUGUGUGUGUGUGUGUGUGUGUGUGUGUGUGUGUGUGUGUGUGUGUGUGUGUGUGUGUGUGUGUGUGUGCGCGCGCAGAGACAGUCUAGUGUGUCUGUAAUGAGAAGGUUCAUAUAAGGACAUGGACACACAAACACAUGCUCCCUCACACUUACGAGUGUGACUGUGACUGUUAAGAAAGACUCUGGUAUGGAACAGAAUGGUGUAGAGCGAAGGUCGUGGGUUUGUCUUUUCAUUUCGAGUGUUGUGAAACAAUCCUGAGGACUAUAGGAAACUGUUACACGGUCAUCAGUAGCUAGUACUGCCACUACCACUGGUGUCCUUUGAAUUGAAUAGCGUAUUAUUAUAUACCUGCACAUUUUUGUUACAUUAGCUCAUUUUUUUUAAAAAAAAAAAACACCAUGUUGAAAUUUUCUAGUCAUAAGUUUGAUUGUGUGAACUGUCAUCAAAGGACAAAUAUGUCGAAGGGUAGGAUAACACAUGAUAUCAGUUACAUGUGGAACAAAAAAAUUAAAGACAGGAACCUCUGUUGGUUCACUCUGGAGGUUCUACAAUCUCCUCAUUGUGAGCACAACAUGGUUUUGAGGUUCAGGAGAUUCACUGCCUCUGGGAAAGCAGGAAUGUUUUACAUAAACAUAGCUAGACAUGUAUUGCUGCGCUGCCUUAUUUAACAAAAAAAAAAAAGACAAAAAAAAUAUGUAACACGAUUCUAGAGUACGUGAGUGAAGGUCAAAUCUCAAGAACCAA